AAACUCACAGACCUUCUAGCCCAUCAUCGUCUCUGUCACUUCCUCCUUAAGUCCCCAUUUCCUUUCUUCUGUCUUUCUCAUCUCUAUAGAAAUAGCAGCCUCAUUUUAUGGACAGAGAUUGAUUUUCGCUGCUUCCUCCUAGAGCGCGCGCAGAUCUUCUUUACAACACAGCACCUGCCCCCUCACUCAGGAACCUAAUUUCAUUGCCUCAAGGUCUAAGCGUAUGAAAUUUAAUAUUUCUCUGAAGCUAGGAUUCUCCUUGUUGUGCAUGAAAUUUCAUGCAACUUACUAAAUUCAUCGAGGAAGUGGUUUUGGAUUGAUUCUCAAAGUUCCCACCCAUUUCUUGGAUUGGUGUCUUGUGCACAUUUUGGAUGGUGGGUUGUGUGAAUCUUCACGUUUUAUUGAAGAUUUUUUAUCCGGGAAUUCUUAAAUUCGUGAACUCUGAGUAGUUUCUGAAACAGUUCUGGGGUUUCGAGAAAGCCCUUUCAUAUAUAAACUAUUAGGGAGCUCUAAAUAUCUGUCAUGUUUGGUAGUGCAAAAGUGGUCUUGAUUCUUCAGCAGCUUAUUACCAUUGUGGGAAUUGUCGUAUUGAGAUUAUAUAAUUGAGUUUGAAGCAUCCUUAAGAAAUAUAUUAUAGAUGGGUAGGCCAUUGGUUUUCGAGAUCUUGGAAAAACCAGCCACGAGUUGUUUCAUAGGAAUAUGCAGUGCAAUUUGGUUCUACAUACAGAAGAAAAACAUUGGGUAUUCACAUGUGGGCUUGAGUUAUGAAACUGCCAUUGCAGGGCACCAUUGGAGGAUUAUAACUUCAGCUUUUUCUCAUAUAAGCAUUCUUCAUCUUGUUUUCAAUAUGAGUGCACUUUGGAGUCUUGGGGUAGUAGAAAAGUUGGGGCCUAUAGGUCUCGGGAUGGAAUAUUAUCUGCAGUACACACUUGUCUUGGUUGUACUAUCCGGAGCGCUAGUCUUGGGGAUGUACCAUAUCUUAAUCCAAAAAUUCAAGAUUGAGUAUUUUCGGAGAGUUACCGCUGUUGGGUAUUCUUGUGUUGUUUUUGGGUGGAUGACGAUUCUUUCUGUCAAGCAACCCACAUCGAAGUUGCAUCUUUUUGGAUUUCUUUCACUUCCCAUUAGUUUUGCACCAUUUGAGUCACUUAUUUUUACUUCAAUCAUCGUUCCUCAAGCAAGUUUUAUCGGUCAUUUAUCUGGAAUUGUUGUUGGGUAUGCUAUUGCAUGGGGUUUAAUUCAUGGUAUGAACAACUACUGGGCAGUUUCCAUGUUGGGAUGGAUUGUGCUUGUUUCUGUGUUCAGUUUGAAGCGAUCUGGCGCAUAUGAUUUCAGUUUUCUUGAGAUUGAAUCCGUUACUGAUCCCUCAUCUGUACGGUUUGUUGGAAAUGGUAGAGCAUUGCAAAUGAGCGCAUUACCAGCUACGGGUGUUGAGCUUGUGUAAUAUAUUUGUAAAUGCAACCUUGACUUGGGGUCUAGUUAUUGCAGGGUUUAGAUCCACCAAGCCAUAGUCAUACUUGAAACUUUGUUGAUUUUUCGAAACAUUCCAGAUUGGUCACCUCUGCCCACUGUGGUGAUACAAAUCCCACGGUGCUACGGUUUGACCCGUUAGAGUGAUCGAUUGUUGCUUACUGCAUAUGUAAGGGUUGAUUGUUAUUGUUGUGUUAUAGGAGCAGUUUUUUUAUUGUCAUUUAUUGGAUCUCUUGAGUCUGUUAAAUUGAGCAGAUAAUGUAUCAUUCUACUACUGUUUUCUCAGAGAAAUUGAUGGAAGAUGAAUUGUGUAAUGGUGUUGACAA